AUGCUGGGGGUGGGGGCCGCCGUGCAGCGAGGCCGCAUGGUGCACGCCCCAAGCAGUCCCGGCCAAUAUCCCGUGGUCCCCGGGGAUCCCUAUGGCGGUCACAGCUAUUUAAGUGGCUUCAUCUCCUUGCUGCUCCGCGCCGAACCGUACCCCCCAGCUCGCUACGGCUCCCAGUGCCUACAACCCAGCGGUGUGGUCGGCAUCGAGAGCAUCUGUGAGCUGGCCGCUCGCCUCCUCUUCAGCGCCAUCGAAUGGGCCAAGGGCAUCCCUUUCUUCCCGGAUUUGCAACUUUCCGAUCAAGUCGCUUUGCUCCGGUUGGGUUGGAGCGAGCUCUUUGUGUUGAACGCGGCGCAGUCGGCUUUACCAUUGCACGCUGCCCCGUUGUUGGCCGCCGCUGGGCUCCACGCCGCUCCGAUGGCUGCCGACCGCGUGGUGGCUUUCAUGGAUCACAUCCGCCUCUUCCAGGAGCAGGUGGAGAAGCUGAAGGCACUGCGCGUCGACGCCGCUGAGUACGCCUGCCUCAAGGCCGUGGCCCUCUUCUCCCCCGACGCAGUGGGGCUGUCGGACCCGGGGCAGGUGGCCGGCUUGCAGGAGAAGUCGCAGUGCGCACUGGAGGAGCACGUGCGGCGGCAGCACCCCAGCCAGCCCAGCCGGUUCGGGCGCCUGCUCCUGCGCCUGCCGGCCCUCCGCAGCGUCUCCGCCCCUGGCAUCCAGCAGCUCUUCUUCAGCCGCCUGGUCGGCAAGACCCCCAUCGAGACCCUCAUCCGCGACAUGCUGCUUGCCGGUGCCACCCUCAACUGGCCCUACGGCCCCAUGCAGUGA